GAGCGCUGUGACCACUUGUGGUCGCUGGUGCUACAAGCGAAGGAGACACUGCGGAAGAAAGCGCACGUCAAGCAUCUUCUUGAAUUAUGGACGAGCGGGAUGUGGAGACGCCGGAGGAGAUGAUACUAAAGCAGCAUCGUAGGGAGAAGAAGGACCUGCAAGCCAAAAUCCAGAGCAUGAAAAACAGCGUCCCCAAAAACGACAAGAAGAGGCGUAAGCAGAUGACGGAGGAGAUCACCAAGAUGGAGGCCGAGCUGGAUCAGAAGCACGACGAGGAGCUACGCCGGCUCGAGUCCGCGUCCGACGCGAAGGUGGAGGAGGUGCUGAAUGGGGUGGAGGAGGUGCUGAAUGGGGUGGAGGCGCAGACGGUUGAGCAGCAGCCCCGCGUCACCAAAGCCCAGAAGAGGAGGGACAAGAAAGCCGUCCAGGAGCGCCAGCGCGAGAGCAGGAUCGCGGAGGCCGAGGUGCAGAACUUGCGGGGAGAGCGCCACCUGGAGGGCGUCAAGCUGGCGGAGAAGCUGUCGCGGCGGGGGCUCCAAAUCAAGGAGAUCUCCACCGACGGGCACUGCAUGUACCGCGCCAUCCGGGACCAGCUGCUGCGGCGGGACAAGUCCGAGUUGAGCGUGAAGGAGCUGCGGUGUCGCACGGCGGCGCACAUGCGGAGCCACGCCGACGACUUCCUGCCGUUCCUCAGCAACCCCGACACGGGCGGCGUGUACGCAGCAGAUGACUUUGAGAAGUACUGUAGCGACGUGGAGCACACGGCAGCGUGGGGCGGACAGCUGGAACUGCAAGCGCUGAGCAAGGUCCUCCAGCUGCCCAUCGAAGUCGUCCAGGCCGACUCGCCGACCGUCACCGUCGGCGAGGAGCACGCCGGGGACGCGAUCACCCUCAUCUACAUGCGUCACGCUUACGGGCUGGGGGAGCACUACGACUCGGUGGAGCGGGCCGACAACAGCUGAGAGGCCAUCGCGACUUACCGGGGAAAAUGAAAAUGAGUCAUCAUCCGUGUGAAGUGGGCGGGCGCACGUUGGAAACAAUAGCCACGCUCCAGAAGCAUAUCAAAGUUGAAUAAAAUAUGAAAAGAA